AUGUAUAGUAAAGAAUGGGAAGGAAAAGUGGCAAUCGACAAAAAAGGUCGCUCUCCUGAUGCAAGUCAUGACUCCUUGAUAAAGAUAAUUCAUCAAAUACCUAGGAGCCGCAUAUUUGACCCUUCGAUUUCUGCUUUCGAGUUAUAUCCGAAAGUAAGACGUCGAGGAAAAAAUCCGCCACGCCCAAUGAAUUCUUUUAUGAUUUUAACUUUAGUUAUUCGUAAGAUUUCCUCCUUCUAUGUAGAGUUGGGAGAUGGUAAAGCAUGCACCAGGAUUGCACAAAUGAUUCGUUGGGGCGCUGAGAGAAAAGACUGGGACAUUUUUUUAAAUUUACAAAAAGAAUUCAAAACAAUUCAUGCUGCAAUGUUUCCUGAGUAUGAUUACCGUCCUAAGGGCUCAAUUCCUUCCCAGGAAACUAAUUUCCAUGUUCUGAGCUCGGAGAAUUAUGGCGAAAUGGUUCUCACCCAGAAGAAAAAGAGUAAGACGAAUCACCAACACCAACGACAACAACACCGGAAUAGUCCAUAUACCUUACCAGUAGUUCAAUCUAUUCCUGCUUCACCACAAUAUUCCCCAAUACCCCCUUCCCCUAUGCCGGAAUAUCGUCUUCCGAAUCCUUCAAAUUUAGAAAUAUCACAGAAUGGGUUUGAUUGGAAUCAAUUUAUAAUUCCAUCCGAUAAUAUUACUAAUAUUUCGGAAGAAAUGUUUAGGGAAAUAAUAUUAAGUGAUCAAAUUUUCAAUCCUUCCGUUAGCUUGUAUUUCAUGCGAGCAUAUACGGGGAAAACUUUAGGUUGA